GUCAGUGCUAACACCGUAUUGAACAGAUCAAGACUGGCUCUGAAUUUACAAAUUCUUUCAAGUGAAAAAAUUUUCGAAAAUAUUUUUUUUAUAUUGAAUUAUCUCAAAUCAUUGUGAGAAAUUGAAGUCACAGUGUCAGUGGGAAAAAUGCGUGUUAAAUCUCUUCCAAGAAGGGUCAACCCAAACAGUCGGAAAAGCUGCUUUUUAAAAAAUGGUGAAAAGUGCUUGGAAAUCUUAAAUAAGAGGAACGAGAGCUUCCUGGAUCUCAAGAAUCCAUGUGGAUUAGAUUUAUCUACUAAGAAAAAGACUCCAGAUUCUGAUUUUCAUACUCUACGAAAAGGAUUAGAAAAAAAAGACUCUCUUUUAUUUCCUCAAAAGGAAUCAAGUCUACAUAAGAACACGAACCACAAAAACUCUCAAAUUUUGAGUAACAGCAUUCAAAUUCUACAACAAGACAAGUUCAAGGACACAUUUUUAUACCAGAUUAUGACAGAUCCACAGUUUGUCGAAAAUAUUCAGAAGAUCAAAAGAAGGAAGAAGCAUUCCUGUCAAUUUUGUAAAAAGGAAUUUGAGGCCGAGGCUGACCUGAAGGAUCAUUUAACUGUUCGUUUUGACGAAUCAAAAAGGGUGAUAUGCUGCGCUUGUGGAAAAACGUUCGCCCAAAAACGCUACUUGCGUUACCACCAGAGGUGUCAUUCUGAUAGAAGCAAAUUCGUGUGUGAUAUUUGUUUAAAAAAAUAUUCAAGACUGGAUAAUCUGACGCGUCACAACAUUUUCCACACGAAUCCAAACAAGUUUCCUUGUACGAUGUGUGACCGCGCCUUCGCCAGGAAGGAUUUGCUGAACAAGCAUCAAAAGUCCCACGAGAACAAGUACAAAUGGUACUGCAACGAGUGUCGGAAGUACUUCAAAGGUCCUGUCACUCUAGACAAUCAUAUGAAAAUUGUCCACCCAUCUGAGACAAAUUAUAAUAAAUCAGGGUACGAUGUACCCAACUGCAGGCCAGGUGCCCUUCCCACCAGUGAUAAAUAGUUUAUUUAUCAGAAAUUUAUUUAUUUUUUGGGAAAUUGAUUUUUUCUCUAUUUGCCAUGCAAAUAAGUUAAAUAUUACUAAUAAUUUUAUUCUUGUAUUACAAGGAUCAAACGUAUACUAAAAGAUAUUAGUAAUUAUCUUAUUACUGUAAAUAUUAAACUGCAAUAAGAAAAUUCACUUUUAAGGUUAGGUGAAUCUAAAUAUAAUCCGGGACGAAUGAAAAAUAGGGACGACUGAAAAAUUCCAAAAAAUAUAAUUCUCGGCACAGUAAAAUUCCCCAAUUAGAUUAUUUGUGAACAAGAAAUGCCCGAACAAUAAAAUUUUCAAAUGCAAAAAUUCCCGAUCAAUAAGAUUGCCCUAUAAUAAAAUUUCCGAACAUUUUAUAAUUUGACAGCAUUGAUAAAUUCCCGAGUAUUAACAUUUCUUAAUUAUAACAUUUCUCAAUAACAAAAUUACCGUUUAAUAAAAAUCCCGAAUAAUAAAAUUUUCGAACAUUUUAUAAUUUUACAGCAUUGAAAUAUUCUCGAAUAAUAAAAUUUCCGAAAGUCCACAACAUUACCGAAUUUGAAAAUUUCCAAAUCAUAAGAUUCCCGACAUAAAAUUACCCUAUCAUAAAAUAUCUUAACUAGAAAUUGCCGAAUUUAAACCGUGAAAAUAAUUUUUUUUAAAAUUUUAUUCUUGUUUUAUUGAAAAAAAUC